AUGCGUUUUCUGUUUCCUGGAAAGACGUCAAAGGGCCAGUCUCAAAAAGUUCAACAGGCUGUUUUGGAGAAAUUCCGGGCUGGUGGCUACAAUGUGAUUGUUGCAACAUCAAUUGGUGAAGAAGGUUUAGAUAUCAUGGAAGUUGACCUUGUCAUAUGUUUUGAUGCUAAUGUGUCACCUUUGAGAAUGAUUCAACGCAUGGGGAGGACCGGAAGGAAACAUGAAGGACGAGUUGAUAUCCUUCUGCUUUUUAAUUUACUAGUUUUAGCUUGUGAAGGAUCAGAGUUGAAGGGUUACAGGCGAAAGCAAGCUAACAGCAAGGCUAUUAAGAAACAUAUGCGCAAUGGUGGUAUAAAUAGCUUCAAUUUCCAUAGUAGCCCAAGGAUGAUUCCCCAUAUUUUCAAACCAGAAGUCCAAUUUGUUGAGCUCUCAAUCAAGCAAUUCAUUCCUCGUGGGAAAAAAGUGACUGAUGAGCACCCUGUCCAGAUACCUGUGUUUAAAACCAAGCUAACUGAUGCCGAGACUGAUUUAAUAGCAAAUUAUUUCCACCCUACUAGAGAGAACACAUGGAAACCAUCACUUAUUGCCUUCCCUCACUUCCAGGCAUUCCCCUCCAGAGUGCACAGAGUAGUGCAUUCACUUAGAACUGGGAUGCUGAUCGAAACAAUGCAACGCCUGCAAGGGUUAUCAUUUCUGAGAGACAGCAAAGCUUUCUCGGUUCAGGAGGAAGCCGCUUCAGAAUUAUGUAGAAGAGUUGAACCUGUUGAGCAUCCUGACAACGUUAUGAAAGGUGCACCUCCAUCACCUUCCACUCCCCAAAACUGCCACGAACCAAUCUCUUCUAUUUUCCUUCGCUUUAUACAACACAUGCAAAGAGUUAUGAUUGUUUGUUGGAAGGGAGGUGCUUUAGUGGGUCAAAGGAUUGUGGUACAGUGUAGUCUCGUUGGAGCUUAUAACAGUGGUGAAUGUGGGUGUGGCAAUGGAAUUGUGAUUUAUGUAGAACUAUGGUGCUUGAAAACUUGGAUGCAACGAUGUGGUGCCAAAGUUGGUGGUCGUGAUUGUGGUGGUGGCAAUGGUCCCUGCUAG